AUGGCAUACAUAUUUUCCGGAGUUUGGAAAGAGUACCUUCAAGGAACAACGAGACAUCACUUGACGAUAACUGACAGCGUUGCCUUUGUGAUCUUGACUUUUCUUGCUCUACUCAUCUCAUAUGCUAUCACCAGCAUCUGGUCUGCACAGUAUUUGUAUCUCCGGGAACUGUUGCCUCCACAGCCUGCCUCACUGAGAGAACUGAGAAACUCUGAUGAUUCCGGAUACGGUAGAGUCUUUUCAGACUUGAUUUUCGCCAUGUGGCAUGAGCGCCGUCGACAGCAACAUUGGUCAUCUCUGCUCCUGGUUUGGCUGAUCUCAACUCUAUUUCUACUUGCUUCGCCGGGGAUCCCGAUAAGAGCGGCACUUGGACUUACCUAUGAGACGGAAGAAGUGCCUAUUGUGAGGUCCUCGGGUUCAAUUUGCGAAUUUUUGACACCUUCAGAGAGAUCGGCAGCAACGUUGAGAAACGCAAACAUGACGCUGGCGGCAAGCGAAUAUUUCCAGGGGUGUUAUCUCGAACACAGUCCGGUUAGUUGCCAGUCCAACUUAGCACAAGACAGAUUGCCUUGGAAUAGCAGCGACGUUGAAUGUCCCUUUUCACCUGAAGCCUGUGCUAACUCAACCACUGCCGAAAUACCGACAAAUAUCAGACUGGAGACACCAUUUAUCUCGAUGGACGAACAAUGCAUUAAUUCUCGAUCAAAAUUGCGUCUGAAGAAAGCGAUGACAUGCACCGUUCUUGACUUUGAGCGAUUUCGGGCAUCUCCAAGGCCGGAGCUUCAAGAUGUGGCCUUCACCUUGAUCUUCGGCGCACAUGAAGUCUACGAAUAUGAUGUGCGCAAUCUGUCUGGUAUAUCACCCGGCUACAGGCUAUCUACAAUCCCGCAGAUGACAAGUGAACCACUUGACUUGAGGUUGAGGAUGCCGAAUGGCUUUGUGACAGUUAUCUUGCUCCAAGCUCCUGAUGUAUACUUCCCUCAGCCAGUGGAUGAUUUGAUGUUCUCUGCUCAUCAAGAAAACCUUUUCGCUGCAAGCGGGUUGAGAUGGUCUGCUGACAACCUCAUUAACGUCGCCGCGUGUGUGGAUGAAUUUAUCCUAUGCAACAAUGGAACGGGUGCUUGUGGACCGUGGGAAUCUCCGGAAGCGUUAGCCCCUAACCCUGGAGGCGCUAUUGACACAGAUGAAGAUGACAUUGCUUGGAGCAUUCUUCAAUAUGUCCUUUCCCUCACAAGUAUCCACUAUACCAUCAAUGGGCGUGGCGCCUCUGCCUUGCUUGUGCAGCGAUCAAUCUCGUCACAGAAUCAAGAAAAAAUAAGCGAACGGCAAUGGCAAGAGGAAUUGAAUGGUUGGUUCGGCAUCUCUUUGGCCAAAUUGCAAUUGAACAUCCUCUCAAUAGCUCAUCCAACACCGUUCCUUUCCAAAGACGGGUUCGUCCCAUUCCCUUCGGAUUCAACCAGUCAUCAACUUUGCCAAAUGAUAAAAUCUCGAGAAGGAGGAUAUACCAACAUCCACUGGUCUGGAUUUAUCGCCACAGUCGUCAUCAUUUUCGUCGCGAUACUUAUUUGCGAAGGCCUCAAGCUCUGGAAAAAGCGUUCUCGUAUUUCCAUUCCGUCACUUCAGCAACAGUCCACGUUGUCGCUCAUGGCUAAUCCUCCGCAACUUGGAAGUAAAAGCAACUUCUCCGUACCUCUGAAUGCCGUUACGGGCCAGCAACAAGGGGCGAGCUCAUCGAUCUCGUUAACUCAAACUGCACCAGUCUCGUCCACAACAUCUGCACAAACCAACUUAGUCUCGUCUCCAUCAACGUCGCCGACAAUGCCGCAGUCAGCCAUUAAUCCGACUGCUUCCCCGGUUCCAACUGCACCUACUACUACGGUCGGUCCUAAUACUAUACAACCAGCAACAGCUUCCACCAGUACUUGA